AUGCGGAGCAGCCAGAGGAGUGAGAAACGCACUGAAGAAUGGGUGAAGCAGGCCAAGGUAACCGAGAGUUCCGGUGUGGUGGUCGUUGUACAGACACCAAAACCGACGUCUGCGAUUGCUGAUCAUCAGGGUGGUGCAAGUUCUGGUCGUCCGCAGGUGGUACAUCCUUCGUCAACGCCCUUGAAGUCUACGGCAGCAGUACUUCCCCCCGUUAUCGGCGACAACAGAGUAGGAGUGGGAUUUGAGGUGAAAUCGAUCCCGCGAACUCUGGGAAGCAUCACUAUCGGAGACGAGUCCGAGGAAUCUCUCGAAGGUGCAGUCGGAGCAGACGAAGACGAACGCGACGAAUUACCACUCGUGAAUCUUCAGCCAUAUGAGGAUCUGUUGAAGGUUGAAGAAGUGAUGCCAGUCGGCGCGAACACUGGCGCAAUUCCGAAGAUUAACCGUUUCGGUACUCAUUACAAGCGCUGGAGUGUUGAAACCGGGGAGCUACGGAAACAAAAUGCACUACAGUUGCAGCGACAGUCGGAAGCGGAACGUCGGGCCAUUCAGGACCUGCAGGAGAAGCACCGAGUGGAUAUCGACACCAGGCGUAGGAGGGAAGUCGAUCUCGUGAAUCGAAUAACGAGCCUGCAACUGCAGCACGACGCUGAGCUGAAACUGGUUCGUGAAUCGGAGGCGAAUUUACGAAAGCUGCAGGAUCGUGAACGGGCAGAUCUGAAUUCCAGGAUUGGGACCCUGGAAAAGCAACUCAUCAAGGAGAAAGAACGGAUGCGCACUUCGGAAGUAGAUUUGCGCAAUCAACUCGAGCAGCGGGAGCGUGAAUGCGAAGCACUUCGACUUCAAGUAGCAGAACUGGAGAGCGAGCUACAGUGUAUUCGUGAAAUGGAGCAACAGUUGCAGUCUCAAAUUGCAGCGAGUCGCCAGCGUGAACACGAUGCCAUUCGCGUACGGAAUGAAGCGGAGAAGCAGUACUGGGACCUGCACGAGGAGGUUCAACAGAUCAUCAAUCGAAGCGAGGAUCAUUCUGCUGACGGUGCUUGUUCUCCUCCGUUACCUCCACCUCCGGCGUCGUGGUUUGAACCCGUGAACGCGCCUAACACUGCCAGCGUCAACCACUGCGAUGUAAAUCCUCCGUUUCUUCUUCCUCCGCCCCCUCCAAGUCUUUCUACUGUGAACACGUUGGCUGCCGUGCCAAAUAUCCAGCCCCAGCUGCUUUCUCAAGCUGUAGUUCCGGCUUACGUGGGCGCUCUGCUGGGGCCGUCGCCCCAGCAACUCGCGGCAAGACAGGUGGUCACGAAGGAACUUCCAAUUUUUUCUGGGGAUCCGAUAGACUGGCCACUGUUCAUAAGCAGCUAUCAGCACUCGACGGAGACUUGCGGAUACACGAACUCCGAAAACCUGUUGCGCCUGCAGCGUAGUCUACGAGGAAACGCGAAGGAAUCCGUCAGCAGUUUUCUGCUCCACCCGUCAACUGUGCCGCAAAUCUUGUCCACUUUGCAGCAGUUGUACGGGCGACCAGAGCAAAUCGUCAAUAACAUGAUCGCGAAGGUUCGGGCGACACCCCCUCCGAAGCCCGAUCGGUUUGAGACACUGGUUAGCUUUGCUCUGGUGGUUCAAAACCUUUGCGGGCAUCUGAAGGCAAGAGCGGUAAAAGAAGAGCGGACUCGCCCGAAGGAAAGAUCGUUCGUGAACGCACACUUAUCCACGGACGCGCCGAAGGAGAAUCGUCGAGAGCAGGCUGGUAAAACCGUCGCGAACAGUGGAAGAAGUGGGGAUACGAACAGCAGAAAAACUUGCCCAGUCUGCAACACUGACGGCCACGAAAUAGAGAGUUGCAGUUCGUUCAAAGGCUUGGAUUUGGACGGCAGAUGGAAGGCAGUGAAAGUGAACAAGCUCUGCUCACGGUGUCUUACAUCACACGCGCGGUGGCCGUGCAAAGGAGAGGUCUGCGGAAUCAAUGAUUGCCCGAAGCGGCACCACCGUUUGCUUCAUUUCGAGCCACCAGCGGCGGCCAAAACUACUAGCGCCGUGGUUACAGUACAUAGUCAGCUGUCUUCUACCACGCUCUUUCGCAUCCUUCCGGUCACUCUGUUCGGGCGUAAAGGACAAGUCGAUACCUACGCAUUCCUCGACGACGGAUCGUCCGUGACGCUCGUAGAGCGAUCUAUCGCUGAUGCGCUUGGAGUUAGCGGCGAGCUAGAGACGCUGCACAUCGAGUGGACGGGCGGAAUCAACAAAACUAUCGAUGGGUCAGAACGAGUCACGCUGGAGAUAUCCGAGUCCGGAGGGAGCAAACGCUACAAGCUGUCGGAAGUGUACACGGUGAAGAACCUCGGAUUACCGCAGCAGACAACAGACUAUGAAGAACUGUCUUCGCGAUUCGCUCACCUCGGCAAGCUCCCGGUGAAGAGUUUCAAGCGCGCUGUACCUGGAAUUCUUAUCGGACAGAGCAAUUCGCACCUAUUGGCUACGUUGAAGCUGCGAGAAGGCAAAAUCAACGACCCGAUUGCUACAAAAACCAGGAUUGGAUGGGCCGUAUGUGGGAGUCUGCGGAAGCCCCAAGUGGGAACGAUGCACAGGCAGCUUAGCAUGUUCGCCGAACCGACUACCGAAGAUCUUCACGAGUACGUUCGCCGAUUUUUUGAUAUCGAGAGCUUGGGGGUGGCCGUCGUGCCGGCGGUGAAAGGAGCAGAGGAGCAACGUGCGUGCGAAAUUUUGGAGGCGACCACACGACGGUCGAACGGCGAAAAGUACGAGACGGGUCUGCUUUGGAAACACGAUUACGUGGAGUUUCCGAAUAGCCGACCGAUGGCAGAAAGACGAUUUAGACUUCUCGAGAAGCGUUUAGCCAGGAACCCGGAGCUGUAUGAUGCCGUCCGUCGGCAAAUAGCCGACUUCAAAGCGAAAGGAUAUAUACACGAAGCAUCAGUAGAGGAACUGGAAGGAUUCGAUCUGCGACGGACCUGGUACUUGCCGAUUGGAGUCGUCGUCAACGAGAAAAAACCUGGAAAAGUUCGUAUCAUCUGGGAUGCCGCAGCGAAGGUCGAGGGCAUAUCGUUGAACUCCAUGCUACUCACGGGUCCGGAUCUUCUGACACCACUCCUGUCAGUGAUGUUUCCGUAUCGAGAACGCCAAGUAGCCGUGUCAGCAGACAUCAAGGAAAUGUUCCUGCAAAUUUUGAUUCGCGAGCAAGACCGCAGCGCACUGCUUUUUCCGUACAGGGACUCUCCGGAGCUUCCGAUGAGUACCAUGGUCUCCGACGUGGCAAUUUUUGGAGCGGCCUGCUCCCCAGCUCACUCACAGUUCGUCAAGAACAUGAACGCGGCCGAACAAGAAGCGGAGCUUCCACGAGGAGCAGCAGCGGUAAAGAAGCGGCACUACGUGGACGACUACGUGGAUAGUUUCGAUACGGCAGAAGAGGCAUUUGAGGUAGCGAAGGAAGUGAUCGAGGUGCAUAGAAGAGCAGGAUUCCACAUUCGUAACUGGAUGUCGAGCGACAAUAGCGUGCUGGAGCAGUUGGGAGAAGCGAAGCAGAAACCGGCAAAAUCAAUGUUGCCGGACAAGGAGACCUGUUUCGAGCGAGUGCUGGGAAUGGCGUGGAUGCAAGAAGAGGACGUUUUCGCCUUUACGCUGCAGUUCUGCGAUAAGGUGCGCUACUUACUUGACGAUUCCAUCAUUCCGACAAAAAGGGAAAUGCUUCGGCUUGUCAUGAGUAUCUACGACCCUUUGGGACUAGUUGCAUCGUUUGUAAUACAAGGCAAAAUAAUCAUCCAGGAGGUGUGGCGGACAGACACGGAUUGGGACAUCAAAAUUCCGCAGGAAAUCGCUACCCGCUGGGUGGAAUGGAUAUCGAUGCUGAAGAAAAUAGAUAGCCUGCGCAUUCCUCGGUGUUAUUUUCCAGGCUACGACCCAGAGAGCUUCAAAACCCUUGAAUUGCACGUGUUUGUGGAUGCGAGCGCACAAGCUUUCGCAGCGGUUGCGUAUUUCCGUAUCGUCGACCAAGGGCAAGUCAGAGUGGCGCUUGUUUCAUCCAAAACAAAAGUCGCACCACUCCGCGAACUGUCGAUACCGAGGCUAGAAUUGAUGGCAGCGUUGCUGGGAGCUCGCUUGCGGAAGACGAUAAAGGAGAACCAUUCGUUGGAGAUCCGGAAGACCUACUUUUGGAGCGAUUCUACGACCGUUUGUUCGUGGAUCAAAUCCGACACGCGUCGGUACCGCCAGUUUGUCGCGUUCAGGAUCGACGAAAUAUUAAACCUUUCGAGGAUCGAUGAAUGGCGGUGGAUUUCGACAAAAGCGAACGUAGCAGAUGAAGCGACGAAGUGGGGAAAGGGACCUUCCUGCAACGUGAACAGCCGUUGGUUCCAAGGACCCGAUUUUCUCUACCGCAGCGCAGACCAUUGGUCGAUGGUUCCGGAAGAAGGCACAGAUGAAAGCGAUAAGGAACUACGGGAGGCGUACGUGUGCAGUCAUCUACUGAGGCAACCGAUUGUCAAUACUAGCCGAUUUUCACGGUACGAAAGAUUGUUGCGGUCGAUGGCGUACGUUCAUCAUUUCGUGGACAGGCUGCGGGAUCGGAAAAGCAGUAAGCCUAAGUACUCUGUUGGGCUGACAAGUGUGGAGAUGCAGAAGGCGGAAAGAACGUUAUGGUCAGUUGCACAGUCUGAGGAGUUUCCGAAUGAGGUUGCGACGCUGAAGCAGAAUUUGGAACGCAGCAGUGAAGACCAGAAACAACUAGAAGCAUCAAGUCGUCUUGCGAAGCAGUCACCAUUUGCGGAUAAAUUUGGUGUGCUGCGGGUCGGAAGUCGAGCUGCAGAAGCACAUGUGCUAGCCUACGACGCGAAAUUCCCUAUUAUUUUGCCAAGGGAGCACCGAAUUACCGAGCUAUUGCUGGACUACUUUCAUAGACAAUUUGGUCACGCGAAUGAUGAAACUGUGGUCAAUGAGGUGCGGCAGAAAUUUCACGUGCCUCGCCUGCGAGUGGAAGUUCGUCUAGCACGGAAGCGCUGCAUGUGGUGUCGUGUGAACAAGAUAACACCUGUGGCACCGAAGAUGGGACCACUACCAGCGGUGCGAAUGCAGCCCUUUGUACGCCCGUUCACAUACGUUGGUAUAGACUUAUUUGGCCCGUAUUUAGUGAAAGUUGGACGCAGCGUGGCGAAGCGAUGGGUUUGUCUUUUCACCUGCCUCACGGUAAGAGCCAUUCACCUCGAGGUAGUCGCAAGUUUGUCCACCGAUUCGUGCAAGAAAGCCAUCAGACGCUUCAUAGCACGACGAGGCUCCCCCUUGGAGAUAUACUCUGACAAUGGCACGAAUUUCGUUGGAGCGAAUCGAGAGUUGCAGGAGGAAAUCAGCCAAAUUCAUACCGAAUUGGGCAGCACUUUCACAAAUGCCAAAACCCAGUGGAAAUUCAAUCCACCUGCCGCUCCGCACAUGGGAGGUUGCUGGGAGAGGAUGGUACGUGCCGUUAAAUCAGCCCUAGGAUCUGUUCCGGUAGUGAGGAAGCUCGACGACGAGUCGUUUACAACGGUGUUAGCAGAAGCUGAAAGUAUGGUGAACUCCAGACCAUUGACGUUCAUCCCGCUAGAAACGGCCGACCAUGAAUCGCUGACCCCUAACCAUUUCUUGUUGCUGAGCUCGAGUGGAAUGCGAGAACCGGAGAAGAUGCCAACAGAUGCAGGUAUGGCACUGAAGAACAGCUGGAACAUGGUGAAACAUACGCUGGACAACUUUUGGCGCCGGUGGGUCAAAGAAUACCUGCCAACUAUCAUCAGAAGGACGAAGUGGUUCCAAGACGUGCAGCCGAUCAAAGUAGGGGAUCUCGUGCUUGUAACAGACGAAAAUGUCCGGAACCGAUGGCUGCGUGGAAGAGUAGUACGGACAAUUCCGGGAAAGGAUGGAGUACCGCGUCAAGCGGAAGUGAGGACAUCAGGAGGAGUACUGAAGAGGCCGACAUCUAAGUUGGCUGUGUUGGACGUUGCCGGAUCUGGUGACGCCGAACCGGAAGUUGAGGCGACACGGGGGGGAGGAUGUUCGCCGACACAGCCCACUGUUGUGAAUGCCCCUAUUGAGAGGCAAUGUGAGCCACUGCCUGCGGCCGUUGGGUCUGACGGCAGCGAUGAAGCGUCAAAUGGGAUGACGGGCAAAAUAUAAUUAUCGGCAGAAAGUGAUUGAAAGUGGUAAACAUCAUUUUGGUUUUGCAUUGGAAGUUUUCUUUUUGAUUUGUAAUUAACACUAAACUAAGGUAAACUAUUUGUAUUUCUUAAUCUAGAUUAAAACUUAGAUCUAUAUUGUGAACUAUCUACAGGUUGAAAAUUGAAACAUUAGAACACUGUUGUGAGUUAGACGGAACGGUAGUACGGAGACUGAAAUGUGAGCAAAACAUGAAUUUCAUUGAUAAAACCUAUCCUAUAAUAAACUUUCCUUUUAGCUUUAAGCUGAUCUCA